AAAACUAAAAAAAAAUCAAAAUAAAAAUAAUACAAAAUAAAGUAAAAAUAUUUUACUAAUAAUCAAAGCAGCACACAAACAAAGCGCGGCAUUAGUUGUACAUUAGCGCAAACAGAUAUACAGACAUACACACAUUCAGACAGAUAGACCUAGUCUGAUAGCUGGCAUUCGCCACUCGCCGCCGAUCAUCGGCUCUAUAUAUAUGCGCUGGCACAGCUCGUAGCCACAGAUCGUACGUAUUCUGAUCGUCAUUUAAUGUGCAUAGCAAAUUGCCAACAAUUCAGUCGUCUUUUGACUUUUGUGCGGAUAACUACCGAGCGAACAAGGAUCACAGUGCAUUGAGCUACAAACAAAAGGAGAACAGCGCCCAGAGAGCCACACAAAAAAACAAACAACAGCAGCGACAGCUACCAGCGUUAAACCGUUCCAAAUCGCCAAGUAAUUUGGAUCGUUAGAAUUUUCUGUGCUGAACGGUGCAAAGAAACCGUUUUCCAAUGUCGAUUAAUUCGCCAAUACACACAAACUCUGACCUGAUUUAAACAGGCAAAAAGCAGGCAACCAAUUCGUAUAGCAGUGCGUGUUAAAACAACAACAACAACAGCAAUUAGAACAACGCCACACAUAAAGGGUGUUGUUUUUCGUUUCCGUUUCGUUUUCGAAAAUAUUAUCUAUCAGUUUCGUUUUGCGUUUCUCGUUUUUCCUUGUUUUUUUUUUUUAACUGCGUUUCGCUCAUUUAUACUUCGUGUUGAGCCAUAAUUGGAGAGGAAAAAAAGUGAGUGUAACACAAAACCUAUACGCAAGUGCGGUUGCAAAGCAGUUUUAGCAAAAAAUCACGUGCAAUUAAGUAUUUACUACAAAAACACAGCGCACAACAAAAACAAGUUUGACAUAGUAAACAAACAAGUGACUCAUUGGAACCAAAUAGGUGUCGACAGCACUUAAGUCUUAAGUGAAGCCAGAGACUUCCAGGCAAAUCAAUCUUGUAGACUACUAAAGCGUACUCUCGCGCUCUUAUAUAUAGCCAGCCAAACGUUUGCAGCGUCGAUCAGUCGUUAGCGAGCAGUUACAGACGAUCGUGUGUUGCGAAACGUGCGUUUAGCGCGUUGCAAAGUACAAAACAAAAAACACUUUUACGUUUAAUUUAAUCACGUUUUCUGUGCAAAACAUAAUAAACAAUAUAGAAUUGUUGCGUAUUAACGGUGGUGCACUCAAACAACAAUCUGAAGAAACAAAGAAUUUAAUUUAUCCGGGCUUUGGCCGUUGUAUGGAGCUUUCUAAACAACCAUCGUAUUUUGGAGACGAGCCGGACCUCCUGUUCAAAAGCGCGCAGGGCCGGAAUAGUCUAUUUUCUUCGUGUAACGGUGCUGCAGCCGCCUCCGCCGCCGCUCCAGCAACCGCUGCCGCUACAGCUACCGCUAUUCCAUUAACAAAUAACGCAACAGCCAAAAUUAAUCUAGAAACCUCAUUAAAUGAUUGCGAAAGUGGCUACGUGCCAACGGUUGGCCGUUGGGGCGCCGAAUGGCCAAGUUGACUCGCCGAAGCCAGCCUGGUGCGAUGUGGCGCCGCCGCCGCAAGCACAACAGCUGUUGAAGCAGCUGUUGUUGUUGGCUCCGGCGCCGAUGCCGGUCCAUCGGCGGGUACGGUACGAGUUGGAUUGACUACGAACACCGUUCCUGUUCAAGAUAGACCACAAACCAACAACGGCCAACGAAUUGUUGUCGCCCAACAGCAGCAAUGCAACGUGGACAACGGCAACAAGGCGUGGUCGACGGACAACCACCAUGAUGUUGAUGAAAGCCAUGUGGAUGAUGACAACGACACUGGUGGACGACGCGUUACAAAUGGUUACGAUGCAGUUGGUGCAGCCGCAGCAGCAGCAACAGCCGCAACAACAACAGUUGACAGCAAAAUUAAAAAUGUUGAGAACAACAUGGUGGAAGCUGUUGUGGCCGGUGCCAUUGCAAUUGACUCCGAUACGAUUGGAAACAUUGACAAAGUGGAUAAUGUGACAUCGAAUGCAUCAAUGGAACGCUGCUCGAACAUACGUAAACUACUUGAGGAGCAGCAUCGCAAAUGGUGGCGCAACCAAAUGCACGGCCAACAAGAAUGGUGGGCCGAUGAGGAUAGCUACAAUUUAACUGCAUUCAAUCAAAUCAAUGGAAUCUGGCCACUGGGACAUCCGCUGCCGUUGCCCGAUUGGGCAGCCGGUUGUGAUGAUGAAUACGCCAAAGGCGUACUACAUUUCGAUUCGGUUUGGGAAUAUGAAGAUCUAAAUGCGAUUAUUGAGACGAAAUUACAUCGUAUGCUCGAGGAGACACAUUACGAUACAGUUAACUUAUUUGUGGACUUUUAUCGCGCCUUCAAGCGUACACGUCGCUCGGAUCUGAAGUCGUUCUUCCAAUUCUACGACUUGCCCAUAAACCGGCGCCAUCACAUGUGUGUCUCAUUGGCUAUGGAGAUAAUGACACGCAUUAUUGAGAUCUUUCCAGUGCUACAACAUUAUUUGUAUUUAGUUUCGUGCGAAGAACAGGUCAUGUCGCAAAGUGACUACAUUGAAAGCACCGAUGAAGUGGGUGGUUUGAACUCGCCGCAUGCCAACGUCGAAAAGGAACACGCUAUGGUUGCUAUGAAAAUAUCGAUUGCCGGACGUGAAGGUGUUAUGAUAUUGGAUCCGGGUUAUCACAUCGGACGUGCCGUUACCGUGAUGUCUGACCAAAUGUACCCACAUACAGGUUGGUUCACACAGUCGAAGGAAGCGCGUCUGCAACGUGACUACUGCUACAACUAUUGUUUGCAAAACAAGAAGUUCGUUGAAUGGAUGGAACGUGAAACACGCGGCGAUGAGCAAUCAUUCAAAUCAUCACUCAUCUACGUCGAACAGCCCUAUGUGACGGCGAUCGAUGUGACAGUGCGUCGCAAUCUGGUGUAUAACUUCCGCUCGCUGUUGUCGCGUGACGCCAAAGGACGUGUGUUCGCGGGCAUUUACCUACCGGUUGUGCCAAACUGCAACGAGUCACAUUUCACCCUCUUCUAUGAUGGACCAAAUGAUCAGCGCAUAAAAGUGAAAUUCAUGUUCAACGUCUUCAAGAACCCAGGAAAGAUUCCCGAUAAUGUGCAGCAACAUUUGUGCAAAUUGGCACCGCAGUUAAAUAUGAAAGAGAAGGAGCUCACCGAACUCUGUAAAUCCUUAGCCGAUGUCAUCAACGAUCAAGAUUUCAUACAACAAUUAUUGUCCAUUAAUGAGGAUAUCGGCGUUAUGUCAGCUGAAAAUUGACAAUUAAAGGAUAAAAAGGUCGAUGCUAACCUAAAAGGUGUGGAAGAACACAAACCACCUAACGCAAAUGGCACGACUGCAAUUACAACGUCAACAGUGGGAGCUCAUUCGAGUGUCAGCUCGACAUAAACUUAGAUAUUUUCUCUGCAACUUAAUUAUUCCUCAUUUCACACUUAUAAAGAGUUAAAGUAGAACAAAAAUAACAAAAAAAAACAUAUAUAAGCAAGAAUUCUUCAUAAUGCACUUAGAUGAAACAACAAAAUUAAAGCAUGAAAAAUUAAGUAUAUACAAAUAUACGGGGUUACUAGUUUACUGGUAGUUUGACGACAUUUAUUCUUAACUUAAAACAAAAAUUAUUCCACACAUAUAAACAAGUUAACUCCAAUAAAAAAUAUUAUGUACUAUAUACAUACUAUAUGCAAAGUACUUGAGAAAACAAAUGUCAAUCUUUAGAGAUUAUUUAACACUAUAUACACAACCAUUAGAAUGUUACAAUUUGUAUUCACACAGCUAAAAUAUUUUUGCUCAUUUAAUUGUUUAGUUAAUUCUCAUUUGACUACUGCUUCACUAUAACGGUGGAUAUCAUGUCUUGCUACGCUAGUUUUAACCACUUAAAUACUUACAUAUAUAAAGAAAUUGUAGCAAUUGUAAAAUGCGUGCUGCGCACAGUUUAGCCAGUUAUUAAUAUAAAAUAAUGUGCAAUUUUUUCAAAUAAGCAAAUACUAAUUGCAACAGUAUCACAAGUACAUACUUAUAUGUAUAGAGCAAAUGAUAUGUGAGACUUUUAAACGCAAGCUUGUAGCCGCAUAACAUAAACUUAAACACAAGGACAUGAUAUUCCUAAAUAGUAAAUGAAUUUUUGUGACUCACCACUAGACUCUACCUAUGCAUACACCCGCUAUAAUAUUAUAUUAUUAUUGUAAUGAUCAUUCUUUAAUUUAGUGUUUUCAAUUAAAGGCAAAUAUAAGAAGAAGAGAAGAGGCGGAAUAAUGUGGAAAAUUAUUGUUUAAAAAAUAUACAAGACCAUAUAUUUAAAACACUUAUGUAACGUAGCUUAUAUAUAUAUAUUCUAUGCACGAAAUAAACUUUACUUUGACAAAAAUAAAA